AUGAUCGCGACCAACAUGAUCAAGGAUGUGCGAGUCCCUCUCAAGUCGGGUGGAGCAACUACAUGUCGAGGAUGUCAACAAGGGGAAAUGGUCCAAAAACCAUUUCCAAGCAACCGAGACAAGCGCAGCUACGAUACGUUUGAGCUACUUCAUCUGGACAUCUGCGGGCCCAUGGAAAAGGAUUCGCUCGGUGGCAGCAAAUAUUUGCUGCUGAUCAUCGACGAAGCCAGUGGAUGCAUGAAGGGCUUUUGUCUACGAGUGAAGUCCGAGAGUGAAGACUACAUCCGGAAAUACAUCACCAUGGUACAGACGCAAUUCUGUAAGAAGGUCAAGUUCGUGCAACACGACGGAGCUCGCGAGUUUGCAACCAACUCGUUUCAACUGUUCUACGAAGACGAAGGCAUUGAACAGCAGACAACGGUGCCGUAUGCACAUCAAACAAACGGAACAGCAGAGCAUGCCAUUAGGACUAUUGUCACGAUCGGCCGCAGCAUGCUCCAUCGUGCCAAACUGGACAAGUGUUUCUGGGCCGAAGCAGCGAUGACGGCCAUCUACGUCAAGAAUCGACUGCCGUCACCUAAAGUCGUGCACAAGACCCCGUUUGAGAUCGUCUACAACUUGAAACCAAGCGUCAAGCACAUGCGAACAUUCGGGUGUCAGACAUACAUACUGAAGCCUAAAGAGAAUCGACUCAAGUGGGAUCCAAAGGCUCGCGCUGGCAUAUUCGUGGGCUACGAUGGAGUUUCGAAGGCAUAUCGUUUUUAUGACAUCGAGGCGGGGCAGGUGGUUAUCAGCCGCGAUGUCAACUUCGACGAGUCCACCUUUGGACUUCAACUGCCGAUCACUGAUGAAGAUGUCGAUGACCUGGACUUCGAAUUGCUGGAUCUUGAUGACGAAGAGCUGCGUCAAAUGGAGUACAAGCAAACAGGCAAGCGCAAGAACCGACUCAAUGAUGAAGAUACAGCAGCUCCACGACCGCGUGCAGUGCGUCAGCGACCAGGACUAGAAGAGUCAAGCGCGCCGGAAAACAACUCGUCACGCCAAGAAGAAGACGAAGAAACGAAGGAUUCUGGUGAUUCAACACCGCCUGUGUUUUGGCGUGCGAGUGCAAAUGCCGUUGAAGCAGCAGUGGACUUAUCAGAGCCCUCAACAUUUGAAGCAGCAGUAAGCGGCCCUGACCAAGUGCACUGGAGAAAAGCAAUUCAUGCAGAGCUCGAGUCAAUGCGACUUCGCGGUGUGUUUUGUGCAGCCAAGCUGCCCAACGGACAACGCGCCAUUGGCACAAAAUGGGUGUUCAAGAUCAAGCGCAAGGCGGAUGGGUCAAUCGAGAAGUACAAGGCACGACUUGUGGCCAAGGGUUUCCGCCAAAAGUAUGGCAUCGACUACACGGAGACGUUUUCGCCUGUGGUCAAGUAUGUGACGCUGCGAAUGGUGAUCGCAAUUUCCAAGCAUUUUGGAUGGCCCGUCGACCAGCUUGAUGUGGUGACAGCUUUCCUGUAUGGCGUCAUGAAGGAACAAGUGUUCUGCGUGAUUCCUGAAGGCGUAGAACUUGACAAUACGUUCGACUGCCUGGAAUUGGUGAAGUCAAUUUACGGCCUCAAGCAAGCGUCGCGAGUGUGGAACGAGACGUUCGACGAGUAUGUGUGCUCCAUCGGAUUUCAAGUAUCGGACUUCGACCCAUGUCUCUACAUCAAGACUUCGGACGGCCAUUGCGUGUUUAUACUGGUCUACGUGGACGACGUGUUGGUGACUGGAAGCUCGCUCGAGCUGAUUGCACAAACCAAGAACGACCUGAAGACGCGGUUCGAGAUGACGGACAGCGGAAAGUGUGCGCUUGUUCUUGGGAUCGAGCUUUUGGACGGUGAAGAUGGCAGUGUGACACUAUGUCAGCGUCGGUAUGUCGAUGAUAUCCUCAAACGCUUUGGCAUGGAUGAUUGCAAGGCAGUCGCAAGUUCAGUCGACAUGAGCUCUCGACUUGUUUCAAGUGAUGCAGCCACCAAGGUCAAUGCUCCUUUUCGCGAAGCUGUUGGUGCGUUGAUGCACCUGACCACUGCAACGCGUCCGGACAUUGCGUUUGCUGUGGGCUAUGUGUCGCGGUUCAUGGAAAAUCCCCAAGAAGAACACUGGGUUGCAGUUAAGCGUAUCUUUCGCUACCUACAAGGCACCAAGACGCAUGGAAUUUGCUACAAGCCAAGUGCAAGGAUCGACUUCCGUGGAUAUUCGGAUGCGGAUUGGGCUGGUGAUCUUACCGACCGCAAGUCAACAUCGGGGUACACGUUCAUGCUACUCGGUGCGCCAGUGAGUUGGGGCAGCAAGAAACAGCCAAGUGUUUCGUUGUCCACGACUGAAGCUGAAUACAUCGCACUUAGCUUGGCGAUUCAAGAGGGCAAGUGGAUUUAUCGUCUGCUUUGUGAGAUCAUGAUGGCUGCCAAUGAAGAAGGACUGGAGCUCACGAUCCAUGAAGAUAAACAGUCGUGUAUCAAGAUGACAAAGAACCCGGUCAACCACGGCCGUGCCAAGCACAUUACCAUCACAUCCGUGAUGAGGUCAAGCGCGGUGAAGUGA